AUGGGCUGCCGGAAACUCGACAGCGCCAAAACCAUUGCUGUGCGCCUUGUCAAGCGCGGGAAGCACACCCGACGCGAAAUCGCUGAUAUCUGUGGAUUCUCUACCCGUACACUCACACGCGCUCUGGGACAGUAUCAAUGCACCAGGAACACCAAUACUGUUCCACAUCCUGGUCGAUGUGGACGUCAACCUCUCCUUCACAAGAACGACGUUGACUAUCUCAUUCACAUCUCACAAUACCAGCCAGGGAAGUUCUUGGACGAGUACCAAGAUCUCCUUGCACGCGCAUCCGUCACUGCCCCGUCCACAUCACCACCAUCCACUAUGCAUUCUGUCGUGCAGGAAUAA